UGGUCGGUGUCUGGUUUUGGGCUUGGCAGGAAGUAGUGACGAAGGAAAGCGAGUUAUUUUUUUUUUUUAGGGGUUUAUUUUGCAUAAAAAAAUGUUUACAAUGCACGGUUAUUGAUUCAGAAUUUUCAUGAAGAUAUGCCUUGAUGUAUUUCAUCCCUGAAGGCAGAAUUAUUGAGACGUCCUCUCGUCCGUACAUCAUCCAGAUGAGGAAUGCUGGAAGUACGCAGCCCUCAUACAGGAGGGAUGCUGGUGUCUGGCACCAAACAAAAAGUCUCCUCUACAAGAAUCUCCUCAUGAAAUGGAGGACCAAGCAGCAGAGUCUACAGGAAAUAAUCCUGCCUCUGGUGCUGUUGGGUCUCCUGAUAUCCAUCAGCACCCUGAAUCCUCACCUUUAUUAUGGGGGCUUCAGCACUGGUGUGCUGGAGUAUAACGACCAGUUCUUAAAGGGUUUGGGCUACACACCGAUUACUAAUGCCACCAGCCACAUCAUGGAAGAGGUGGCCCAGGGAAUGCACAUGCAGGAUCGUCUGGAGAUGUUCGCCAGUGAGGAGGACCUUGAGAAUGCCAGCUUGUACGAGCCAUCAAAUUACGUGGGUGUAGUGUUCAUGGACAGCUCUGCCACCUCUUACAGGCUCCGCUUCCCGUACAGCCGGCUGCCUCCACCCAGUGAUAACACAGAAUCUAUUGCCAGAUGUUUUUCCAGUUCAGUGAACUGCAGAGCUGCUAAUUACUGGUACACUGGGUUUGUCCGACUCCAGUCUCUGAUCGACGCUGCCAUCAUCCAGAUGCAGACGAAGCGCUCAGUGUGGAGCGAGAUGGAUGUGGAGGUGGUACUUAUGGGCCAACAAGGUUCUGUGGAGGUACAGAAGUUCCCCCAUGCUCUUAUCUCCAUCUACCUGGUGUUGGCCUUCACACCCUUUGUUACCUUCCUCAUCGUUAAUGUGGCAGCUGAGAAAGAACGCCGUCUCAAAGACACCAUGACCAUGAUGGGGCUGUACAACACCGCCUUCUGGUUGUCAUGGGGACUUCUGUACGCUGCUCUGGUAACAACCAUGUCCAUCCUGAUGUCCAUCAUCGCUACGUACACGGCGCUCUUCCCAAACAGUGACUUCUUUGUCAUCUUCUUCCUCAUCUUCCUCUAUGGAAUAUCAUCUAUCUUUUUCUCCUUUAUGCUGACUCCUUUGUUUAAGAAGCCAAAGUUUGCCAGCACAGUGGGCUCCAUGCUGACGCUGGUGUUUGGCUGCCUGUCACUCUUUACAGUGCUGAUGAAUGAUUUCCCACAACCGCUGGUCUGGCUGUUUUGCCUGCUGUCGCCCAGCGCCUUCUCCAUCGGUAUUGCACAGGUGGUGUACCUGGAGGCUCAGGGAGACGGCGCUGUGUUUUCCUCUCUGGCCAACGGCCCUCAUCCUCUCUACGUGCCAAUGCUCAUGCUUUGUGUCGACUGUAUCCUAUACCUUUUGUUGGCCAUCUACCUUGACCAAGUGCUUCCAGGUGAAUUUGGAAUGAGGCGGUCCUUGCUGUACUUCUUGAAGCCAUCCUAUUGGUCCAAACACGGAAAGCGUUAUGUGGAAGUGAGCUCCGUGUAUGACACUGAGGUGAAUGGUGCUCCUGCCAGUGAUGAAUGUGCCGAACCCGUUUCACCUGAGUUCAGAGGGAAAGAGGCCAUCCGCAUCAGCAACAUCUGUAAAGUUUACAAAGAGAAGGACACCACUGUGGAGGCUCUGAGAGGUUUGACUUUUGACAUCUAUGAAGGUCAGAUUACGGCUCUCCUCGGACAUAGUGGUGCUGGAAAGUCCACUCUCAUGAAUAUCCUGUGCGGCAUCUGUCCGCCCACUGAUGGCUCAGCUACCAUCUACGGCUGCCCUGUUGCAGAACUCGCAGAUGGUCCAGACAUGAAGCAGCUGGUGGGAAUUUGCCCUCAGUUCAAUAUCAUCUUUGAUGUGCUCACUGUGGAGGAGCACCUGAGGAUAUUUGCUGCCAUCAAAGGGAUACUGCCUGCAGACAUUGAUGCUGAGGUGACUAAAGUACUAAAGGAUCUGGACUUGGAGAAGAUCAUGACUGCUCAGGCUAAGAACCUGAGUGGAGGCCAGAAGAGGAAACUGUCUGUGGGCAUUGCCAUCCUGGGAGAUCCAAAGAUUCUGCUGUUGGAUGAACCGACGGCAGGAAUGGAUCCGUGCUCUAGACACCAGGUGUGGUCUCUCUUGCAGAACCGCAGAGCCGGCAAGGUCACCGUCCUCACCACUCACUACAUGGACGAGGCCGACAUCCUGGCUGAUCGUAAAGCUGUGAUCUCUCAGGGGAAGCUGAAGUGUGUCGGCUCCUCCCUGUACCUCAAGGUCAAGUGUGGUGUCGGUUACCAUCUCAGAAUGUCAGUCAGUGACACAUGUGUAGCUGAAAUGAUCACGUCGCUGGUGAAGCAGCACGUUCCGAAGGCGGAGUUGUCUCAGCAGCAUGGCGCAGAGUUGACGUUCACGCUGCCUUUUGAGAGCAUGGACAUGUUUCCAGGUUUGUUCUUGGAACUGGACACUCAAACUAGUCUGGGAAUUACUAACUACGGCGUCUCCAUGACAACACUAGAGGAUGUUUUCCUUCGACUGGAGGCAGAGGCUGAAGUGGACCAAGCUGAUUACAGCGUGUUUAAUCAGGAACAAGCAGAUGAUGAGUGCGACAACUCGUCGCUGGAUGAUACCGACCAGCGGCUGCUGACAUUCUCGGACAGCAGGUCGGGCGCCGUCUCUGGUCACGCGCUGUGGCGGCAGCAGUUCAGCACCGUGGCAUGGCUGCACAUGCUCAACAUGCGCAGAGAGAGGAAGGCUUUUAUUUACACACUGGCCUUGUUCCUGGUGUUUGUGGUCACUGUGCUGGUUCUGUCUGUGAUCACAGGCAACAUCCAGUUCCACCCUCCAGAGCGACAGUUCCUGCCCAUCUACCUUCUCCGAAGGCACCAGGCAUCCCGGCGGCACGCCACCAGCCUCUUGGUUCAGAACUCUUCAGAAUCUGAUAUUUCCGACUUCAUCCACAACCUCGAGUCUCAGGACAUCAAAGUCGAGUUGAUGAAGCACGGUGACUACAUGGCUGCGGCGCCCCACAGUGCUGCCUUCAACGUGACCGGAUCUAGUAAGGGCUUCAGAUACAGUGUUGUGUUCAACAGCACUGCAGUCCACUCUUUGCCGAUGGCCGUGAAUAUCCUGAGCAAUGCUCUUCUUCGAGGUUUGAAUGGCACCGGACAGAUUCAGGCUUGGACCAAACCUUUCGAUAAUCAAAUCUCAGAUGAAACCUCUUUCACUCUGGUCUACAUCGAGGCGAUCAUACUGGGAAUGCUAGCAGCUGGAAUGCCGGCAUAUUUUGCAAUGGAUCACGCUCAAGACAGAGAGAUCAAGUGUCGCUCCGUGCUGAGAAUCUCUGGACUGGUGCCGUCUGCUUACUGGUGCGGCCAGGCAGCCGUGGACAUCCCCUUUAACUACCUCAUCCUGACCUCCAUGACCAUCAUCUUGUUCUCCUUCCACACCAGUGACCUGCUCGCCUCCAGCAACCUCACAGCUGUGAUUCUGUGUCUUGUUGGUUUUGGAGCAGCCAUGAUCCUGUUCACCUAUGUGGUGUCUUUUGGUUUCACUCGGGUCCAGAGCAACAGGGAUUUCUUUUCUGUCAUCUCCAUGAUGGUGUGUGUGGUUUCAGCUUGUCUAGUACAACUUCUGCACGACAUCCCGACUUUGUCCAGAAACUUGAACAACAUCUUGUGCAUGUUCAACCCACUCUACCCGCUCAUAGGCUGCCUCAAAUGCAUCACCAAGGCAACGUUCUUCCCUUCGGCCUACGAGGAGAACUCCUUGUGGAAAAGUCUGCUCAUUGCAGUUAUAGCGCCUUAUCUCCACUGCAUCCUGCUGCUUUUGCUCCUCCGCUGGCUGGAGAUCCGUUACGGAGGGGUGACCAUGAAAAGAGAUCAAUUCUGCAGGAUCACAUCCAAACCAAAGCCCAAAGUGGAGAGGAAUGUACAGGAAGGGCAGAAUGAGGAUGAGGAUGUACAGAUGGAGAAAGCCAGGGUGAAGGAGGCCCUCACCUGCCAGUCCUGUGAAGAGAAACCACUCGUGGUUGUGAGUAACUUGAGGAAGCAGUACAAGGACAAAAGUGAAGGUCUUCCUGUCAACAAGACACGGAAAUUAGCGGCAAAGAACAUCUCUUUCUGUGUUCGCAAAGGAGACGUUCUGGGACUGUUGGGCCCCAACGGUGCAGGGAAGACCACCGUCAUGCACAUGCUGGCUGGUGACACGGACCCCACUGCAGGCCAGGUGCUGAUGGGGGACUACAGUACAGAGUUCCAUUCAGUGGACCAAACACUGGAGCACGUGGGUUACUGCCCACAGGUGAACCCACUCUGGCCCCGGAUCACUCUGCAGGAGCACCUGGAGAUCUACGCCGCCAUUAAGGGCCUGAGAGGACAAGACAUGCCGGGUAUCAUCAAACGCGUGGCGAAUGCUCUUGAGUUGAAAGAACACUUGGGAAAACAAGCCAAGAACCUGUCGGCUGGACUCAAGAGGAAGUUGUGUUUCGCUUUGAGUAUGAUUGGAAAUCCUGAAAUAAUCCUACUGGAUGAACCGUCAUCAGGGAUGGACCCCAAGUCCAAACAGCGCAUGUGGAGGGCCAUCCGUGCUGCUUUCAAGACCCGUCAGCGGGGAGCCGUGCUGACCACGCACUACAUGGAGGAGGCUGAGGCCGUGUGCGACCGCGUUGCCAUCAUGGUCUCUGGUGAACUGAGGUGUAUCGGCUCCAUCCAGCAUUUAAAAGGAAAAUACGGUCGAGGAUACAGUUUAGAGGUGAAGCUCAGAGAGGAACUGACGGGGCUCCAGCAGGUGGCGCUGCUGCACAAACAGAUCCUCCAAAUAUUUCCUCACGCUGUCCGGCAGGAAAGUUUUGCCACUCUAAUGGUUUAUAAAGUCCCCAUGGAGGAUGUGACAUCACUGGCCAAGUGCUUCUCUCAGCUGGAGAACGCCAAGCAAACCUUCAACUUUGAAGAGUACAACUUCUCCCAGUGUACUUUAGAGCAGGUGUUCCUCCAGUUUACCAAGGAGCAGGACAAGGAGGAGGAUGAGGUGGGCUCCCUCAGCACCACUUUCCAGUGGCAGCGUUUGCACCAUGAGGGCCCAGUCUCCGCCCACCACACAGACAGCAUCGUCCACCAACUUUAGAUCAAACUCAGCGAGCUGAAGACUCAACCAGACUGACGGAUGCUCACCUCCUUAGGGCUCUUUGGCGCUUGCCCACUUCCCCACCACUUUACCCCGCUGUUCUGGACUGGACAGCCAUGCUUGGCGGUCCAGCUCCUGGUGGGGACUCUGGGUGUGAGGACUCUUCUGGAUUUUGGUUCAGAGGCGUGCAGCAGUGUGCCUGUGACCUCGUCCACUGGUGCUCUGCAGGCUUUGCCCACACCCACUCCUCAUUCUACUCAGCUUUUUUUGUUUGCGCUUUUGAACCUUGGCAGGAAGUCAGUAAGUGGAAACUAUCUCAAUAUAUCUACGAUAUUUAUCCUUUCCAUCGUUUUGUCACGUUGUGUUUGUGAGCAGAACAGAAUCUUCAAUCGUACCAAAGCAGCACAUCUUUGAACCGCACAACUCCACGGACACUGAGAUAUACCUUUUUAUUUAUUUAUUUAUUUUUUUUUUAAGUGUUGUAGCAUGUGUAGAAAAUGUUUGCGUAAACAUUGUGCCGUGGAGGUGCGGCGGUGGAAGAACGUCCGUGUCCCCCUGCUGGCUGCACAGGCAGGACACGCUCCUUUUUACAUUUUUUUACUCAAACAGCAGUGGUUUUCUUUCUCUUGCAUUUCCUCAUAUUUUACACCAGCAUGCACAUUCUAACCUCUAGAUCCACGUUUAUACAAACCUCUACUUUAGGAGACAUUUAGCUUCUUAUUUCCCACCUGAUGUUCAGCAUGCAUGGUAAGGAGGAGCUUCUGAUUUUUACAUGCUUCCACUGAGAUUUACCCUAACUAGAAGAACCGAUGUUAAUGAUUUUUAAAUGAUUACGGAGGUUGAAUUUUUAUGGUUUUGUAGGGGGUCCUUCAUAAAGGGGUGGAGUCAAGAUUUGUUUGUGGUCUGCACAGCCGUGCAGAAUGACUCAAACUAAUGAAAAAACUUUUAAUAAAUGUAGUCAAAAGUCAUAAUCUUGGCUGGAAUAGAAACUGUUAAAGCGCGCGCUCUCUCUCUUGCUCUCUCUUUCUCAUGUUGAAGAGGCUCGAAUCGAACCUGAAAUAGCAGAUAGUCCACUUGUUUGUUUGUUUUUUCCAUAAUUAUUCAAAAUAUAAUUUGCCAAAAUUCACAAAAUGUGGUGAAAAAGUGAAAUCUGGCCUGAAAUUGGAAACAGUUUUGUUUUACUUUCUUCAGUGUAUACAUUUAAAGUUUUUGGAUGUAUGAAGGAACUUAUGUUUUUGUGCAGCUAACAAGUGAGUUUUCACAGACAUUUGAAUCUGAAUUGGGAAGUAAAAUAUGAAAUUUUGAGGCGAAGAACCAAAAGGAGAUGAAACCAUGAAUUUUUAUACUUUUUUUUUUAUUGCUAUCUUUGUGGGUUUUUGGUUGAUUGUGGUGAUGAAGGAUUUGGAUCUUUGCCCUGUGGCCUUCCUCUGUCCAGGUUUAGCUUUGACACACACACACACACACACACACUUUGGGAACAUAGUGGUUAAUAUGCACAUCAGUACAUGUAGCACAACGCCCUCUAGUGACUUCAGGAACUUUAAGAAUCUUUAAUCUGUGAAGUGAUGCAGAAAAUUCAAUGCGACAUAAGAUGAAAUGCUUCUCAGAUUUAUUUAAUAACCUUUUGGUCCUCUUAAAAAUACUAAUCCUGAGUCUGAUCUGUACAGUCUGAGUCUAAUGGUCUUUAUCUAACAGGUUUAUUUCCAUGGCAACAGAUGCUGCUUAAAGCCCAUGAAGAGGUGACACGUGUUUGGACUGAGAUCAGGACUUGCUUAAUCUUGAAUGUAUGUGGGUGUCUGGUUUUUAGCUCACUCUGGUGAUCUGCCUGUUUUGGUAUGUAUUUAUACUGACGUAUUUGUGUGAUACCCGUCAGAAAAUUGUAUCUUCUUCGUGAUAUUCAGGUGAGGAGGAUUAAAGAGAACAUUUAAGAUGUAA